AGACUUCUCUGCAUCUCCGAACCUUCUCUGCUACCUCAUGCCCUCCCAUCAAUUCUUCAAGGCUCCCUGCUAGUCCCCACUGAAAGAGAGAGGCACCAAUCUGCAAUUCGAUAGCUGCUCUCUUCCUUGUAGGUGCUGCAUUAUGGGAGAGAGCCCAAGCCUUGCACAAAUGAUCUGGCCAAGAUCGGCAGCGGCGAGCAGGGUUCAUCGGUUCGUCUCCGAAUUCCUAGGCUUGGAGAAGAGCAUCAUGCGAGAGGGGCAGGGAGAGACCAUCAAGUACAGGGUGUUUGCUGGUACGUGGAACGUCGGCGGCGAGGCGCCACCGGAUGAUCUUGAUCUGGAGGGUUGGCUGGACACUAAGGCCGACUCGUACGACAUCUAUGUCCUCGGGUUCCAAGAGAUCGUGCAGCUGAACGCGAGGAACGUGCUUGGGCCGAAACAGAGAUCGGCAGCCAUGAAGUGGCAGCUGCUCAUCGAGGACGCAUUGAACAACAGGAGGAGCGCACAAGACGGAGGAGGAGAAGAAGCAAUGGAUCAAGAACGGGACGUGUUCAGGUGCGUCAUGAGCAAGCAGAUGGUCGGCAUCUUCGUCUCGGUCUGGACGAGGAGCGGCCUCCGCCGGCACGUCCGCCACGCCGGCGCCUCCACCGUCGGCGCCGGCGUCCUCGGCCGGCUCGGCAACAAGGGCGCGGUGUCUGUCCGGUUCUUGCUGCACGACACGAGCUUCUGCUUCGUCUGCUGCCACCUGGCCUCCGGCGGCGAGGUCGGCGACGCGCUUCGCCGGAACGCCGACGCGGCGGACAUCCUAUCGAGGACGAGCUUCCUCAACAGCUCCGGCGGCGUGCCGGCGCCGGUGGACCUGCCCAAGAAGAUUCUUGACCAUGACCGCGUGGUGUUGCUCGGCGACCUCAACUACCGGAUCGCCAUGGACGACGGCGAGGCGCGGCAGCUGGUGCGGGCCAGGAAGUGGAGCAUGCUGCUGGAGAACGACGAGCUGCUGCUCGAGCUCUCCGAAGGCCGGCAGUUCUACGGCUGGCGCGAGGGCGUCGUCACCUUCGCCCCGACCUACAAGUACCACCGCAACUCCGACAAGUUGUACUGGUGCGCCGACACCGGCCAUCGUCGUCAGAGGCAGCACCGCGCGCCGGCAUGGUGCGAUCGGAUCCUUUGGCGCGGGAAGGGGAUUAGGCAGAUUCGGUAUGAGCGUUGCGGCGGUUACCGCCUCUCCGAUCAUCGGCCGGUGAGGGCAAUGUUCCACGCCGUGUGCGAGGUGGUGGAAAGCAAGCAUGGUUGAGCUGCAGGCUUCUGUGGUCUGAAAUUAUUAACAAAUGAGGACGCUGUAAAUGUUAGAGUGUUCAGUGUUCACAACACAGAAAUUUCACUUGAAACAGCUCGAUUCCUGCAUCCAGCUUUAAAGUUGGGCCAUCGAAGAAACUCCUAAGGCUUCAGCCUGGGACAAAGGUCACGCAAGUAGGAAAGAUCCAUGUAUAUUUUCUGUUCUUUUCCUGCUGAACGAGUGGAAUGCUAGGAUCACUGCCCAACUGAUUCUCUUUCAAACGGGAUACAGCUUUGUAUGGACCACUUCAAGGAAUAUUUCCUGUCUUUACGCCAGUUUUAUUAAUGGUUUGAAGAUGUUUCUCCGCUCAAA